CACAUGAAAGUAAAGUCAAAAAGAUAAAAUUUCUAAAAACUAAAAAAAACCCUAAAAACUAAAAAAACACCCAAUAUUAAAGCUCUUCCUACAGCACAAUUCUUUCCCUUCCAUUCCAAUCCAUGGCCAAUUCCAUCCAAACUUCCACCACUGACACUGCCACCAAACACCCCUCGGCCAAACGUAGAAAGCUAACCACAGACCAACACCAGAACCACCAAGAACAGCCUCUCAUACCAGGUCUUACUGACCACGUAGCCCAACUUUCCCUCUCCCUUGUCCACCCUUCUACACUUUACCCUGUUUGCCACUCAUGGCGUCGCCUAAUCUACUCCCUUUCUUUCCCUCCUUUUCUAUCUCUCUACGCGGUUUUAUCAUCAACAAAUAUAAAUCACCGCCUUUCCAAUAACAAUCCAAUCCAAUCCUUCAACUUUGACCCCAUUUCUUCUAAAUGGGAUUCUCUCCCUCCUCCACCACCAGACCCACCACUCCAUCUCCUUCUCCGCCACCCUUGCUUCAUCUCCCGUGACCUUCCUAUCCAAUCCAUCUCUGCUUGUGGUCGCUUGAUACUUAUUGCUGCUACUUCUCACAAUUUUUCCCCAGCUCUCUCUCGCCCUCUUGUUUUUAAUCCACUCUCAGGCGUAUGGGGCUUUGGCCCCCCACUCACCACACCUCGCCGCUGGUGUGCUGCAGGCUCAGCAAAGGACACGGUCUAUGUGGCGAGUGGGAUCGGAUCCCAGUUCAACACGGACGUGUCCAAGUCAGUAGAGAAGUGGGAUUUGCAAAGCAAGAACGUCGGGAUCUCCACCAUCGCCAAUAAAACAAUUACAUGGAAAUGGGAAAAGGUUAAAGGACUAAAAGAUGGGAGAUUUUGUAGGGAUGCUAUCGAUGCAGUGGGGUGGAGAGGGAAACUUUGUAUGGUGAACAUGAAAGGAGAUGCACCUAAAGAAGGGCUUGUUUAUGACACUGAGAAAGACGCAUGGGAGAACAUGCCAGAGGGUAUGCUUGCAGGGUGGAGAGGACCCGUGGCAUCCAUGGAUGAAGAGACUAUGUUUGUGGUGGAUGAAGCCAGGGGUGUGCUUAGAAAGUAUGAUCCAGAAAAGGAUUAUUGGGAGCAUAUGAUGGAGUCAGAAAGGCUUGUUGGAGCACAGAAGAUUGCUGCUGGUGGCGGUAGAGUUUGUGUUAUUCGCGGCUGUAGUACUGAGAUUGUGGUGCUAGAUGUGGCGGCGCUUCCGGUGAAACUAUGGGUGGUGAAAACGCCACCGGGAUUUGAAGCCUUGGCAAUUCAUAUUUUGCCAAGGAUGAGCCGGCCAGAUUUUUGAUUUCCUGGAUCAAUACAGCACUGAUGCUGAUCCCAGCAAGAUUUCGUUUGCCCAGAGUAUAGUUUGCUUGCCCACUUCAACCACCGCUGUUAAAAAUAUAUUUAGAAAAACAUUUUUAAAAUUUUUUUUAUUGCAAAAGAAAUGCUAAAAACUAAGUUAACAAAAGAAUGUUUUUGUACCCUUUAACUUCACGAAGAGAAAAAUAUUUUCCAUUGAUUUACAAUAUAUUAUUAUGUAAUUACUUCAAUUCAUUAUAAUCAUAUUAUCUUAAUCACUAUUAACCAAUUUUAUUAUUAUUUUACUAUAAUUCUCCAACGGCCUUUAAGUUUUAAAAUUUUCUUUGAAAAAAUUUAAUUUUUUUAUUUUAAAUUAAUAUUUUUUGAUGUUUUUAGAUUAUUUUAAUGCGUUGAUAUCAAAAAUAAUUUUUAAAAAAUAAAAAAAUAUUAUUUUAUAAAAAAAACAUUUUUAUUGGUAUAUUAAUCAUACAACGGAUAUAACUUAUUUUUUUUUUUAAUUUUUUUUUUGCAAAACAAAUGUAUCCUUAAAGGAUAAACAUAGCAAGAAUAUGCUUAGCAAAGAUAUUAACGAUGGCCUCAUAAUAAAAACAACGUCAAAUAAUAAUUGUUUGUAAAUAUAUUCGAAGCCUGUAAUCUCAUGAAUUGUGUUAAAAGUUGUUUCAAUAAUAUAUAGUUCUGUAGGUUAUAGUUUUGGUGCGUUUAUAAA